ACCUGGCGCCUCAUCCGCUGGAGUUGUUGUUGAAUCUCAAAAAUCAGCAGAAUCCAAUCUCAAGUGGAAACUAAAUUGGGAUUUCAUAUUUAUAAUUAAAUUGGUGCUUAAUUAGUCAACUUAUAAAUUGUUCUGGUCGUGUGGCGAAGAUGUCGAGUUUCAAAAUCGCUCUAAUCCAGUUGGCCGUGACUGCCUCCAAGUCGGAUAACCUACUCCGUGCUGCGAAACUUAUUCGAGAAGCGUCUGAAAAGGGGGCAAAGGUUGUCAGUCUUCCGGAAUGUUUCAACUCACCGUAUGGUAUAAAAUACUUCCCAGAAUAUGCUGAAAAGGUGCCAGAUGGUCCGUCUUGUGAGGAGUUAUCAAAGUGUGCCAAAGACAAUAAAAUAUACCUGAUUGGAGGCUCUAUUCCGGAAGAAUCGGACGGGAAACUGUUUAAUACUUGCACUAUUUGGGGUCCCACCGGCAAACUGUUGGGGAAGCAUCGUAAAGCUCACCUUUUUGAUAUUGACAUUCCUGGCAAAAUUACCUUCCAAGAGUCCAAAGUGCUUUCUCCCGGGAAUCAGAUGACCAUCGUUGCCACAGAAUAUUGCAAAAUUGGGAUUGGAAUUUGUUACGAUAUGAGGUUUCCGGAAAUGGCGAAAAUAUAUACGGACAGCGGGUGUGAUCUUCUCAUCUAUCCGGGAGCCUUCAACAUGACGACGGGACCGGCCCACUGGCAAAUUUUGCAACAAGCUCGAGCAGUCGAUAAUCAGGUUUUCAUGGCCACGUGCGCUCCAGCGAGAGACGAAACUGCAGAUUAUGUAGCGUGGGGACAUUCCAUGGCUGUGAGCCCAUGGGGGAAAAUUUUAGCCGAGGCGGAUGCCGGCGAAACAAUUGUUUAUGCCGAUAUUGAUUUGAGUCAAGUUGCUGAAAUUCGGAAACAAAUUCCUAUCCGGAUACAAAAACGGGACGACAUUUAUAAACUUGUUGAGGAAAAGUGAAGAUAUUAAACAACAAAGAGACUAAUAAAAUGAUCAAAUAGCUACUAGUCUAAUCAAAGAAUAUUAUGCAAAUGUAACAAAUUAAUAUAUUUUUGAGUGUGAUGUUGUUUAAAUAAACAUACGACCCGUACACUUUGUAA